AUGUUUCGAAACUCCUUCCAGCAUAGAUUCGUAACUGUAUUCAGCAGUUCCGGUAGCAAACCGCUUGCCAUUUGGGAUGUGCACACAAAAAAUGGCCACUCUAGGCGCGUAACGGAUGAAGCUGUUCGUUCGCUUACAUUUGAGUUGAUUGGAGUCAACGUGGCCACCACUUACAUGGUGGCCCCGUGUUGUCCUUGCCCGUCGCUUUGCAUUAAGCUACCAUUUUUGGUGAUGCUUGUGAAAAAUUUGAAGAAAUUUUUUUCCUUCGAAGUUCAGAUUCUGGACGAUAAACAAUUACUGCGACGGCUGCGCUUCUCAAAUUAUCAGAGCUGCACACGUGUAGAUAAUUUUAGUACGUCGAUGCCCUUGUCGAUGACACCGGGUUGGAAUCAAGUGCAACUAAACAUGGCAGAAUUAAUUCGGCGGGCUUACGGAACGAAUUACGUUGAGACGGUACGCAUUAAGAUCCAUGCAAACGUGCGCAUCAAGCGCAUCUAUUUCUGCGAUCGCCUGUACACGAACGAUGAGACACCGGGGGAACUGAGGCUGUACCCUCCAAUUCGACCAAAUCGUUUAGAACAAUUCAAGGAACAGCAGAAGAAGCAAGCCAAAAUUCCUCAUGAACCGAUCGAAACCGUACGGCCUACAACACCAGUAGAGGACUUUAGCACAUACUCAACCCCGCAGGACGUACUUGCGCCAGCACAGUGUGUUGUUGAAACAACCACUUAA